AUGGAGUACUUCGGGCAGAUUUCCAUCGGGACCCCCCCCCAGAACUUCACGGUGGUAUUCGACACGGGCUCCUCCAACCUCUGGGUGCCAUCCAUCUACUGCACCAGCAAAGCCUGCACCAAGCACGCCAGGUUCCAGCCGUCACGCUCCAGCACGUACCAGCCCGUGAGCAUCCCCUUCUCCAUCCAGUACGGGACCGGCAGUUUGACAGGGGUCAUCGGGUCUGACCAAGUUACCGUGGAGGGCCUGACCGUGACGAACCAGCAGUUCGCAGAGAGCGUCAGCGAGCCGGGCAAAACCUUCCUGGAUGCCGAGUUCGACGGGAUCCUGGGGCUGGCCUACCCGUCCCUGGCCGUGGAUGGGGUCACCCCCGUCUUCGACAACAUGAUGGCCCAAAACCUGGUGGAGCUGCCCAUGUUCUCGGUCUACAUGAGCUCGAACCCGGACUCCUCCCUGGGUGGAGAGCUGCUCUUUGGGGGCUUUGAUCCCUCUCGCUUCACGGGGACCCUGAACUGGGUGCCGGUCACGCAGCAGGGCUACUGGCAGAUCCAGCUGGACAACGUGCAGGUGGAUGGCACCGUGGCUUUCUGCAAGGAUGGCUGCCAGGCCAUCGUGGACACCGGGACAUCGCUCCUCACAGGCCCUACCAAGGACAUAAAGAAACUGCAGAAAUAUAUCGGUGCCACGCCUGUGGAUGGAGAGUACGCCGUGGAGUGCAGCAACCUGAACGUGAUGCCCGACGUGACCUUCACCAUCAAUGGGCUCCCCUACACGCUCACCUCCCACGCCUACACCCUCAUGGAGUACAGCGAUGGCAUGGCCUUCUGCACCAGUGGCUUCCAGGGCAUGGACGUUGCCCCUCCUGCCGGUCCCCUCUGGGUUUUGGGUGAUGUUUUCAUCCGACAGUUUUACUCCGUCUUCGACCGUGGGAAUAACAGGGUGGGCUUGGCGCCCGCCGCCCCUUAG